CCAGGUUAUAAAGCCCGUCUUCCAGCGCACCUCGCGAUCUGCGCUUCCUUCGUCCAGGCCCACCCAAGCAGCGGCCCUUCCCGACCUCUUGUCUUGGCAUCCCCAAGUCUGCACCAUGUCGUACGUUCGUGCCGCCAGCCGCUCCUUGGCCUAUGGCCGUCUCCCGAUCCCUCGGUCGUCCGCGGCCCUCCGCCCUGCUCGCUUGGCCGCUGCUGUCACCGCCCUGCCUGCAGCCUCGCUCUCAGCGCAGCGACAUUACGGCAAUGUCGGCCCUGUCCAGUACGGCCGCUACCACGACCCUUCCGAAAAGGAAACCAUCAUCAAGCUUCUGUACAACAUCGGCUCCCGCAAGGAAGUCGAGCAGUACCUCCGCCACUUUUCCUCGGUCGAGUCCCACCAGUUUGCUGUCAUCAAAGUCGGUGGCGCCAUCCUCACGGAGGAACUCGAUACCCUGGCGUCCUCCCUGACCUUCCUCAACCGCGUGGGUCUCUAUCCCAUCGUCGUCCACGGCGCUGGCCCACAACUCAACGGCCUCCUGGAGAAGGCCGGCGUCGAGCCGCAGUACAAUGAGGGUAUCCGCAUCACCGACGAGAAGACGCUCGAGAUCGCCCGCCAGGUCUUCCAGAACGAGAACCUCAAGCUUGUCGAGGCCCUGGAGAAGCUUGGCACCCGCGCCCGCCCCAUCAACGGCGGUGUCUUCACCGCAGAGUACCUCGACAAAGAUCUCUACGGCUUUGUCGGCAAGAUCACCGGUGUCAACAAGGAGCCCAUCGAGUCUUCGAUCCAAGCUGGUGCCCUGCCCAUCUUGACCUCCUUGGCCUCGACUCCAUACGGCCAGAUCCUCAAUGUCAAUGCCGAUGUCGCUGCCGGUGAGCUUGCGCGUGUCCUGGAGCCUCUCAAGAUCGUUUAUCUCAACGAAAAGGGUGGUAUGAUCAACGGUAGCACCGGAGAGAAGAUCGAUGUCAUCAACUUGGACGAGGAGUACGAGGGCCUUUUGAAGGAGCCCUGGGUCAAAUACGGAACAAAGCUCAAGCUCAAGGAGAUCCGCGAGCUUCUCAUGCAUCUGCCUCGCUCGUCGUCCGUGUCCAUCAUUUCGGCCGAGUAUCUCCAGAAGGAAUUGUUCACGCACAGCGGCGCCGGUACCCUCAUCCGCCGUGGAAACAAGAUCUACAAGGGCGAAGAUGUCUCCAAGAUCGACACGGACAAGCUCCGGGCUCUGCUCGAAUCCAGCGACCACGACGUCCAGAACCGCGCCACAACCGUCUCGAGCUACAUCCAGACCCUGCAAGACAGUGGCGCCCACGCCGUCUAUCACGACGCUGCCUUUGAUAUCUUUGCUGUUAUCAGCAAGAACUCGCCUCAUGGCGUCUCGUCCCUCCAGAAGUUUGUCUUCACCAACAACGCCGCACUCAACAACGUCACCGAAAACGUCUGGAACAUCAUCAAGAAGGACUUUGCCAAGCUCACCUGGGUGACCGACAAGGCCGACCCCAACAAUGGCUGGUUCUUUGAGCGUGCCGAUGGAUCCUACACCUUGGGCUCCAAGACCCUGUUCUGGUAUGGUGUCCAGGACAUGGAUGUUCUGCAAAAGAUUCUCAAGUCCUUUGCCGAUUCCAUUGGUGCGUUUGCUGGCAAGUCCAGUGCUGCAGCCGGCCUGCCUACCGGCGUCCGAAGUUUCUCGACCUUUGCUCAGCAGCGACGCUCGUUCUCCUCCUCGACUCGGUCCUCGGCUCCCGCCCGUAUUGGACUCAUCGGAGCUCGUGGAUACACUGGCCGUGAACUCAUCCGCCUGAUCGACAACCACCCGUCUGCUGAGCUGGCAUAUGUGUCUUCUCGUGAGCUCGUCGGCAAGGUGUGCGACCAGUACACCUCCGCCAAGGUCGUCUACUCGAACCUCAAGCCCGCCGAUCUGCCCGCGAUCAACGAUGUGUCUGUGUGGGUCAUGGCUCUUCCCAACGGCGUCUGUAAGCCGUUUGUUGACACGCUGCGGGACAGCCUUGGCAGCAAGCAUCCCGUCAUCAUUGAUCUUGGCGCCGACUAUCGUUUCACUGACGAGUGGACCUACGGCCUUCCUGAGCUCUACGGCAAUCGCGAGAAGCUGGUUGGUGCUACCAAAAUCUCUAACCCGGGCUGCUACGCCACUGGCUCGCAGCUUGGCAUCGCCCCUCUUGUCGAUUACGUCGCUGCGGCCCCAUCCGUCUUUGGCGUGAGCGGAUACAGUGGAGCCGGUACCAACCCAUCUCCAAAGAACGAUGUCAACAACCUCAGCGACAACCUUAUCCCAUACGCCCUUACUGACCACAUCCACGAGAACGAGAUUGGCCACCAUCUCGGCUCACCCGUGGGCUUUGUUCCCCAUGUGGGUCAGUGGUUCCAAGGCAUCAGCUUGACCAUCUCCAUUCCCCUCAACAAGACCCUGACCGCCCAGGAAGUCCGCGAUCUGUACGUCGCCAAAUACGCAAACGAGAAGAUGAUCAAGGUCCUCGAGGUCGGCACUAUCCCCGAGGUCAAGCAUAUCUCGGGCAAGCACCAUGUUGAGAUUGGUGGCUUCAAGGUCCACAGCAGCGGCAAGCGCGUUGUCGUCGUCGUCACCAUUGACAACCUUCUCAAGGGCGCCGCAACCCAGGCCAUUCAGAACAUCAACCUUGCCCUCGGACUGGGCGAGUUCUCCUCAAUCCCCUUGUAAUCUAUCUCUUCGUAGUGUGUGUAUGGCUCGUUGAUGCAGGUCGGCCUGCGAAGGUUGUCUCGCCACAACCACAUGGAUGAUGCCCUCGAUACCGUUUUCCACCCCAUCGAGAUGGCCCCACGAUUGUCCUCUGCCUUGGUUCGGCUCAGUGAUUGAUCAUUCCGCCCUGCACGAGCGCCAAGUACCUCCUUUCCACCUUUACAACGCGCACGACACAGAGCAGACCCUCCUUUUAUUGUCGUUGACUGUGUGCUCGUUCGGAUACAAUACAUCCAUCCAUAACACGCAAUGGCUACAUCCACCCUGUCGACUUACAACAAGGGAUGCGUCUCCAGUCCCCAUCAC